AUGGAAAAACUAGAAAUGAAUCCACACAAACAUGAAGAAGAAGACAGGCUUAGCGCUUUGCCGGAUUCAAUCCUUGUUCACAUUCUCUCCUUAAUGCCCACAAAAGAUGCCGCCAGGACAUCCAUCCUGUCCACCAAGUGGAAGCACCUCUUUUUUGAUGUUCCGAAAAUCGAGAUUCGGGCUCCGGAGAUUCAGCCUGAGAAGAGUCAAGAGAAUAUAAUCAGUUUUUUGAAUCGAAGGCUUCUGAGUGGAAGCGCAUCAUCCAUAGACGAGUUUCGAUUGGUGCAUUACUGGAAAGAAGAAUCUCGUGCAACUGAGCCAUGGCUUACUGCUCUAUUAGUUGGUAAUGUUAAAAUUCUCGAAAUUUCUGGAUUCAAUAGUCCCCAUUAUUCGUGCUCUACUCGUUUACCCUCCGGAUUCUUUCACUCCAAAACUUUAGAAUUCUUGCAACUCCAUGGAUCUUUUCGUGUUAAGGUUCCUGAAUUUGUAUGCCUUCACCAUCUCAAGGCACUUUACUUGUCACAUGUUCACUUCGACUUAGGUUGUAGCCCUUACGAGUUUAAGUUUGCUGAAGGGUAUCCUCUGCUUGAAGUUUUGGUACUUGAGGAGAUUAUUUUCAUGCUAAAUUGUGGUUGUAAUGAUGAAUUCAGUGACGACGACGACGACGGCGGUUAUGUUUUUGUAACAAUCUCUUUACCCACUCUGAAAGGGUUAACAGUUAUCAUGGACGAACCCAUAUACCACAUAGAUAUUGAUGCUCCAAGUCUUCGAUCUAUCGACUUCAGUUUUAAAUCCAAUUGUUGUCUCAUCCCGGAAAUAAUUUUUUUGAACUGUGGAUCUUUGGUGUCAGCCAACUUCUUUGUUCAGAUGAUGAAAUUGCGCAGGUAUUACUUGGAAGAGUAUCGAUGGUUGCUACCCCGUUUAUCCAGGAUAGACAAAAUCAAAGAGCUCCACCUCGGCUGUGGCUUUUUUUAUGCUUAUAUGGGUUGUGACGAUUCUUUGCCUACAAAUCCAAAUUUGCUUUUGUCUGCAGUUCAAGAAUUUAUGUCCACCGUAUAUCACUUUUCUGAUACGAGUUUCUUUUGGGAGAGAGAUCUUGUUAUUCUUCCUCCCCAGAUUGAGACACAUUGUCUGAAUCGCAAUCUAAGGCAAAUCAAAUUGCUAGAUUUUGGUGGUGAAUGGAUUGAGGAGGACUUUGUCAUUAUAAGAUACUUUUUGGAGAAUGCCCCGGAGCCUUGUCAAGGACAUGAUACUGACGGGAAGAUGGAUAAUGUUGAUUCCACAGGAAAGAUGGAUGUUUCUGAUUCGAGUUUUCUUUUUGCCCCUUCAAAAUUAAGUAAAUUUUCUGUUGCUACCGUAUCAAGAUGUUUAGAAGGGAAAAAAUCAGAUUCUGAAUCCGUCAAUAAGGAGCCGUAUAAUGUCAAAAUACAAUUUGCUGACUUUGGUACAUCAAAUAACACACUAGCAGCAGAAUUCUCGGACGUGCAAGCUGAAUAUUUGCUGCUUAUGAACCAUAGAGAUUCUCAGCUUAGGCCUUCAGAAUUUAGAGCUGGCAGGUCAUUAUUUGGGGUCGCCAGCCAGAAUCCCAGCGGAUUAAUUGGAGCAUUAUGCGACACCUCCUCUGCUUACUUUGGCUUUCAGCAACUGAGGACCUUUAUACAGAUGAGGACCAAUCUCAAAGUAGUGGACAACUCUGGGGCAAAGAGGGUAAUGUGCAUACAGGCAUUGAAAGGCAAGAGAGGUGCUAGAUUGGGAGACAUGAUAGUUGCAUCAGUAAAAGAAGCUCAACCUGGAGGGAAAGUGAAGAAAGGACAGGUUGUAUACGGUGUCGUCGUUCGCGCCGCGAUGCAGCGAGGCCGUUGUGAUGGAAGUGAAGUCAAGUUUGAUGACAACGCAGUGGUUCUGGUAAACAAGCAAGGAGAGCCAAUUGGAACCAGGGUGUUCGGCCCAGUUCCACAUGAGCUCAGGAAGAAAAAGCAUGUCAAGAUCCUGAGUCUUGCAGAGCACAUUGCCUGA